CACCAGUAUGUAUAAAUAUUCUGAAAAGGAAGUACAGAAAUUAACGUUAGAACAACUUAGACAGAAAUUAAGGGUAAAGGGACUGAAAACGAAGGGACGUAAAAAGGAGUUGGUGAACCGCCUGUUACAAGCUAGUAAAGCUGAGAUGGAUGGUGGUCUGAAGACGACCUCUGAUACAGCUAGACAACGCCCUAAAGGGUCUGGAAGCACCAAUGGUCAGGUCAGCGACACACCUCAACCAAAUAUGAACAUGCAAGAAGUUUUCCAUCGAGAGCGAACUGAGAGGGAAGCCAUUGUGAUAUGGAAAUCUCCACUAACAACACUUCAGUUCUUUUUUCUAGAGUCUAUGAUGCUUCUGUCUACUGUAUUUAAGAGAUUGUGGAGGAGGAAAGCAACUGUGCUGCUCAUUCUUUUAGGAUGCCUUGCUGUUUACACUUUAUACCUAGUGCAGGGCCCACACCAGAAGUAUGUACAGGUAAUGGAGAAAAACUUGCUGUGGUGGUCAUAUUGGGUGGGCCUUGGAAUCCUGUCAUCAGUAGGUCUAGGAACUGGCCUACAUACAUUUCUCCUAUACCUUGGUCCACACAUAGCAUCUGUGACACUAGCUGCCUAUGAAUGCUCUUCUAUAGAUUUUCCUGAGCCCCCUUAUCCAUCCAAGAUCAUCUGUCCUGCGGAUGUAGAGACUGGAAACGGUCAUAUCUCUUUAUGGACGAUCAUGGGCAAAGUCCGCAUAGAAGCCAUCAUGUGGGGUGCAGGAACAGCAAUUGGAGAACUUCCUCCAUAUUUUAUGGCCAGAGCUGCCAGACUGUCAGGAUCUCAUGACGAUGACGAAUUUGAAGAAAUUGAAGAACUGUUACAGGAGAAGCAGGUUCACCCUGAUGACAUGUCUUUCAUGGAAAAAGCAAAACUAGGCGUACACAGCUUGGUGCAAAGAGUUGGGUUCUUUGGGAUUCUUGCCUGUGCUUCAAUCCCAAAUCCACUAUUUGACUUGGCAGGAAUCACAUGUGGUCAUUUUCUUGUACCAUUCUGGACAUUUUUUGGAGCAACAUUGAUAGGAAAAGCUAUAAUCAAGAUGCAUAUACAGAAGUUAUUUGUUAUCUUCAUGUUUAGUGAACAUCAUGUAGAGGGAGUUGUCAAUUUAAUAGGGUAUAUUCCGAAGUUUGGUAAAUCCUUACAGAUGCCAUUUAAGGAUUAUUUAUCUCUACAACGGAAGAAGCUUCAUCGUACAGAAGGCACAGACGUGGAAAAUGAGGCUAAUAUACUAGGCUGGAUAUUUGAGAAGUUGAUUAUUGUGAUGGUGUUAUAUUUCAUUGUGUCUAUAGUCAACUCAACAGCACAGAGUUACCACAAAAGGAUGUGUAAAGAAAAACGCAAAUCACGGGCGAACUGAAACACCAAAACAUUUGUAAAGGUUGGUGAUAUCAGUCAGUGUGCUGAGGGAUAACAUGGACCGUGUAAUGUUAUCUGCUCAAGAAUAGUGUAAUAGAUUAUUGGAAGAGCAGAAGCUGUUCAGGGAUAUCCAAGUCACUGUUUGUGUCCUAUUUGAAAGUAAUCAGAGGAAGCGUUGAUUUUGAAAUGAGUUAAGAAUUAUUGGAAAAGAACUUUUUUUUUUAAAAUCUGUAUAAAGAUCACCCGUUUUGUAAAUCUGUUUUUAUUCUGUGUGUUGAAUCAUCAUGAUUAUAUUUGAUAAGACCUGUUCAGAAUUUUUUAAUACUGAAAAUUUGGAAAUUGCUAGUUUCUGACAGAUAUUUGUUGAUGAUGUCCCUUUUUGCACAUGAAUUGAAUUAAUGUGUUAUGUGAAAGAAAGGAAAUAGUAAUGGACACUAUAACUGGACUACACAGUUAUUGGACUCUGUUUUGUAACUGUACAAUUACUAAACCUUGUUUUUCAAACUUGGCUGUACAGAUAUUGAACAAGACAGGUAUUGAACACUACAGUUGUUGAACACUGUUCUUCAGCUUGGCUGUACAGUUAUUGAACAAGACAGGUAUUGAACACUACAGUUGUUGAACAUUGUUCUUCAACUUGGCUGUACAGUUAUUGAACACUGUUCUUCAACUUAGCUGUACAGUUAUUGAACAAGACAGGUAUUGAACACUACAGUUGUUGAACAUUGUUUUUUUUUCUGUACAUGUCUUGAACUCUGUUUUGUUUACUUAACUGUUCAGUUAUCGAACAGCUUUGUAUCUUAACUGUACAUAUAUUGAACGGUGGUUGUAAAAAGCUCAGUUUUUACUAUGAUAUCUUUUAUAUGGCAUGGAUAUUUAUUUUGAAGACAUCAUUUCGUAACUUGAAGGUAGAUCUUACACAAGUUUCCAUUAGAGGGAUAGCAUAUCCUGCUGAUUUUCAAAUUUGCUAUGAUGUAUGUAACUGAGUCACUUUUUCCAAGUGCCUCUAAAAACGUUUUGUAGAACUUUAAUUAGCCUAGUGUCUUAAUGAUUGGGCUGAUCAUGGGAAGUUCUGUAAUGUGGAGUCAGUGCCUCACUGAUUGAGCUGAUAAAGGGAUUUGGUAUCAAUAAAAAUCUAUUAGAUAGUUCACUAUAACUACAAAAAUUCCAGUGCUGUAAUGUUUUAGGUAACGGGAAAUAUGUGCAACAGGAAAGUCUGCUAGUGUGAUACACACUAUCCUAACAAUACAUAGUAGGAUACAAGUCUGAAUGGUGACCAGUGCUAGAGUUCUAGAUUUUCAUAUAGUUUUUUUAGAUAAAUCAUAUUUACAUACCAUUUUACACAGUGUAAACAUUGUGAUACUUCCAUCACUGUCUUACUGUAUUCAUGUUUCAGUGAGGAUCUUAAAAAGGAAAUUCUAUCACAAUUAUUACAAAGUGGUAGUGACGUAUGUUUAUUGUGUGGAAAGGUAUUGUCGCAUGUCCUGUUUUAAUAUUCAGAUUUUUUUUCAUCUCACUUGUUCAUUAUUUGUAAUUUUACAAAUAUAGUAAUGUUAUACAUUGUAUACAUAUCAUGUCAUGUGAACACUUACUCUGAAUUGUAUUUCAGAUAGAUUUUAUUUUUCAUCAUGGUUCUUCAUCAUCAGAAACCCACAAGGCUCUUCUUAACAACAAGAGUAGAGUCUUGUGAGUUUCAGGGGAUGAUAAUUUAUGGUAUGGAGAUAUGUUUAACCCCUAGCACUCAUACAAAAUACCCUGUAAGGGCCUAAUGAACACAAUAUAACCUGCAGAACUUCAAUUAGAAAAGAUUUGUUCAUUGAUAAUAUUUAUCAUCAGCAUGUUCUGUAGACAGGUACUUUCUUUAGCAGUAUAAAUUAAAAGAACAUUUUCAUUCAGAUUUUAAGUAUUGGCAAGAACCUUGAAGUUAAUUGAAGUUCAUAUGAACGUACCUCACUUUCAGAUACACAGUGUAUGUUCAUAUUGUACAAAGGCAGGGCUACAUUAUUAUAUAAAUAAGUUACCUCCCUUGGAUACCUUGUCCUGGCAGUGCAUUGUGAUGUAAGUAACUUCACAGAUGAGGUAUCAUUAUAUACAUGUCAUAAUAAUCAGUAAAUGUGCAGUUUAUAUAAUUCCUGUAGAUUUUAGUGUUUGUUGUUUGCAUGAACCUUGUCUGUUUUUUAGUGAAUGUCUCUUAUAAAAUACGUAAUUAGAAUGAGUAUGACAAUUUGCAUAUUAUCCGAAAAUCCUUUCAGUGUUUAAGUCUGUCAGGCAUAUUAUUUAUGUAAAAAAAAUUUCAAUCCAAACUGAUGUGAAUGAACAAAUAGGAUGCUAUGAACAGCUAUAGUAUAUUGAAGCCUGUGAUGUAAAUCAUAGUUUUUCUUCAUUUUGUGAAAACAUCAAUACUUACAAAAUAGACUAGUUCUACAAAAUUUUUCACCAAAUGAAAAUCAAACAUCAUCAUUUUUUUUUCUUUUUCAUGUUUUAUUAUACUGUUAUUAUUAAUCAUUAAUUAAUUUAGGGACCCUUGAUUUUGUUUUUACAUUCCAAUUAGUGAUGUCUUGUGGAUUUUCAUGUACUAAGAUAUUCCUGGAGGGUUUCUUUGUCAUCAUCUGUAAUGUACAAAACUGUCACUGUUAAGCCAGCAUUAUAAGGAGUAUCUGUGUUCCCGAAAAGUGAAUUAAAACUCCCAAUGGUGGGUUGUAGUCCCACAGUAGUAUAGCUAUGCACCAAAAGUAUUGUAUGUCCUAUGUCUCAAUAUCAAAGAGCGGGCCAGUUAAGUUACUUUCUAACUAUAAUUUACACAAUUUGAUUUCUGUUUUAUAUUAUUUAUUGCCUGGUUAUGAUUUCUUUGUCAAUUUAAUUUUGAAAGUCAAUAUAACUGACAUUCAAUACUUCAGCUUUCUAUCCAAAUCCUGUUAUUGACCACCAGUUAUAAUUACACUGUAUACCACGUGACCUGCAGUUAUUUGGCCCUUUUUGCCUCUUGCUGUUGUUUCAAAUACUGUUCACAUAAGAUUAAAUCGUUGUAAUUUAUCUUUAUGUAAGAAAAAACUUGUUUACAAUUACAUGGAUACCAGGUAAUUUGUGUUGUAAAAAUCAGAUUGUCAAGUAGCAGUAAGAAAUCUCUUUGGGUAGAAUUAUUGACAGUAGGCCAUCAACUUGUCAUUGAACACAGCGUUGUUAUCCCUGAGAGAAUAAUGCUGACUCGGGCAUGAGAAUUAACCAUAGUUAUUAAUAGAGUCUGUAUCUCUGUAUGGUAAAAGUACAUAACAGAAUGACUCAAGCCUAACACAGUUCAAUUUCCCUCCGGAACUGUGUUAUGCUGUUUGCCGCACUGCUGUAUUACGGGUAAAAUCAGGAUUCGUAGAAAACAUUCAUAGUAUUUGAUAGAAUGUUUAAGAAAAGUCUUUGGGUGGUGAGAUGUCAGUAUAUCUGAUUGUGUUGUCAUUGUUUUCAUGUGAACAAUAAAUGUGGCAAGCAUUACAGAUUAAUUUAUCUGUCAAAAUUUGAAUUUUUCAAUUGUUCAAAUUUAUGCAGUUUCAUCGAAAGCUACAAGGAAAAAGCAUGAUUUAUUCAAGGAAAAUUAUGAAAUUGACUUUGGUUUUCUUUUGUUUGGUGGGUUUUUUUUAGAGGUAGGGGGGCUUCUAUUUGCAAAAUAUGUGUUGAUUGAAAAUAAUUAAUCAAGUGUUUCAGACAAGAAAAGAUUUUUGAAAUGUCCACAGUGACAUUAUGUUAUACUGUGUUUACUAUAAGUAAAACAGUUACUGUAAAAUAAUCAAUUUUUGUGGCAGUUUUAUUUUUGCUUGAUUUAUGGUUAUGCCUAAUCCACAAAUAUACAUGCCCAUGAAAUGAAAAACAGAUAAUUGAAAUGGAAUAUAAUCGUGGUGGAUUUUGUGAGAAAGAAUAAUCCACAAAUUUUUGUAAAACCACAAUAUACAGUAUUUUACACUGUUGUUCUGUUGAUGUUACUGUACAAAUGAUGAUGUUUGUGUAUAUCAGUAUAUCAAAUGUUUGUUUGUAAACUGAACAAAAAUUCAUCUUGAUAUUACCUUCCUGAUGGCAAACAUCACUUAAAGGAAGCCAGUAUGUAACAGAGUUAUUUUUAUUUUGUUUUUUGUAAUGGUAGUACGAUGGCGUCCGGUGAAUUCUUUUUCUAGUAAAGACCUGUAUAUUAUUGAGCUUCUGAAUUACAUAUGUUUACCCUAGGGGUUAUUUGUUAAUCAGACCUUUAGAUCAGUUACCAUGUUGGUCUGUAAAGGGUUGAUUUGCUGGUAAGUGUGUCAGUCUUAAUGUGUAUGAACAAUUACUUGGAACCAGCUUCAAUCUAGGAAUACAUUCUUUAUAAAAAAAAAUCAGUUAGGACUUAUCUAUGCAGUAAUGACUGUGAUUAAGUUCUUAUUCACAGCAUAAUAAUAAUGAUUAAAAAAAAACACCUCUUAUAGGCUUUUCUUAAAAAUUGAUAUAUUUGAAAUUAAUGUCUGCAACUUUUUUUUUUUUUUUUAAUUUAUUUGGCUUGGAAGUUUUAUGCUAUGGUAUCGUCUAACAACAGAUCGUAAAUCAUAAGAAAAAAGAGAUAUGCAUUGAAAUUUUAGUUUCCGAACUAUUUCCCUGUACAGAUAUUUUUAGAUAUCUUUUUUCCAGCAAAAUCACAUUCUUUUGAAAAGAAUCAUUAAAACAAUCAUGAAUGGAGGUUGCCAAAAUUAUUUGAGAAAUUUAACUCUUUCUUACACAGAAGCUGUUGAUUUACAGUGGACUAUAUAAUUGUUUGCUUUUCAUAAAAUGUCAUUUAUAAAAAUAAAAAAGUAUUAAAAAAACCCAAUUUGGCUGGAAUGUUGAAUGGUUUAAGUUACACUUCUCUUUCAGUAGAUGGCUUCGUUUUUAGCUUAAUCUUACAACAAAUUUACCCAUCCCUCCAUACAAAUCUUGCCAUUUUUGACAACUGUUAUCAACAUUUUGUUGACCAGAUCACUUAGUUGUACUGAUGAGCUGAUUAGAUAACAUUUUACAGGUUUCACCGAUAUUCAGGGUGGCUCUUUGCUACACGUAACAUAAUGUCAGAAAUGUGUACUUGCUCAAGUAGAAAUAUUUUUAUUUUUACAUUCCCUUUGUGUAAUUCCUGAUCCUUCAUAAUGUACAUGGAAUAGUUCGUCACUAGAGAGACACUUUGAUCAUUAUUUGUUGUACAUAAUUGGAUGUUUUGUUAUUUAUUUCAUGAGAGAAUUUUGGGAAUUCGUAAUUACUGAGAGUUUUAUGGAAGCCGUGUUCCUCACCUAAAAGAGAAUUGCCCCUUGUUUAUAAGGUAAUACAUCCAAACUGUUAGAGGUAAAUUUGAGGUUUAUACUUUGAGUGUUAGUGUGAAAAACUCAAAAAAGGUGUUAAUACAUCUGUAUUAAUAAAAAUCCUUCAUAAAACUGUCA